AUGCCUGAAAUCAAAUCGCCUUUUGUUACGAAGCAGGAACUACAAGAGAGGACUUCAAAGACACUUGCAAUUCCAAACCCCGAUCCAAGCAGUGCCACUAAGAACAAAAGCUACUGGAUUCAGGGUAUCGUGAAGAAUUGCACGCAAUUCGAUAUUCAAGUACGCCCGCCGGCCUAUUUCUAUACGGGAAGAUAUGAGACCUGGCCAACUGGGGUUGGUGCCUGGUCUGUUGGACAGUUCACCGGCGUGAACAGUGAUGAGUCGAUCGCAGGAGUCACUGGAGGCAAUGCAUGGGAUCUUCACCUUGAACAAGGCAUUGUCUUCAAUCUGGCUUUUUUCUACGGGGCGGACACGGAUGGCAACGAGAUGACGAUCAUAUUCGAAGUCCAGUGCAGUGGUGGACAGCGACCAGUCUACACCAUCAACCGGGUACCUGGUUGA